UCUAUGGUACAUGGGUUGAAUUCUUUGAAAGGUGUUAGAAGUGUUAAGUUUUCUAGUGGAAAUGGUGCUAGAACUACAAUGGUAGAUGAGGAUGCAUUAGGUAGUGAUGCUAAUGAUGAAGAAUUGUUGUUUGGUAUUAAUAAACAUGCUGGGAGGAUAGGUGUAAAUGAGGGUCCUAGCAAUUUGUAUGGAAUGCAAAGAAAAGAUAAAGGAAAGCAAAAGGUGGUGGAGGAAAAGCAUAAAACAAAGAACAAAUUUGUAGAGUCAACAUCUAGUUCUAAGGGUAUUAGAAUUAGAGAACCUAAUAGUGAUGAUGAAAAUGGCCCUAGACUUGUUGAAAACUCAAACUUUAAAGAUGACGAGACCAAUAGUUUGUGUAAUAGCAGUACCUAUUUUCACAGUUCUAAUCCCGGUAGCUACUACAAUGAUAGCUCCAUUGAUGACUCUAGUGUGAAGGAUGAUGCGUUGAGGAGACCAUCUAAGAGAUUGCAUUAUGACCCAACGUUUGAUUCUCCACAUUUUGAGGUUGGAAUGGUGUUUGAAAAUGCAGUGCAAUUUAAGGUAGCCAUUGCUCAGUACUUAAUCAACCAUGAGCCAUGUGCAGGUGUUGUAAUGGAUGUAAAAGGGGCUGGAAAGCUGGUUGCAAGUGCCUUAUUGGUGUAGAUGGUUGUUUUUUGAAAGGUGUUUGUAAAGGGGAUGACAUGAAUCUAAGCAAUGAAGACAACUUUUGGACUGCCUUUUAAGUAGAAACAUAUUAGAAUUAUCAAUGUUUUGUAUUUUGUUAUGUAUUAUUAUGUGAAAACUAAAAAACUUGGUUGACUUUUUAGUGUCUUAGAUGCAGAGGGCAUAAAGGUAGUCUCUAUCAAAACUUAUAUGUUUUUAGGUUAGCAAAGCAUUUGACUUUGGUAUUUAAGUAAUUAUGUAUGGUUUAUGUCAAUGAAACUUUUUUUUUUUUUUUUGUUAAUAAAGUAAUAGACUUUGG